CAGUAUGAGAAGGAGUUGGUGUUGAAGCAGGAUGCCAGGCAAGGCAGCAGACAGGUUCCAGCCUGGGGACUUGGUCUUCGCCAAGAUGAGGGGCUUCCCCCACUGGCCGGCCAGGGUGAGUCUGACACUCUGACUGUCUGGUGAUGCACUAUGUAGUGUCCCAAUGUCGUUGACAACCUUUUAUGUUUUUACCCCAAUGUUUCUCCCCCAAUUUCGUGAUAUCCAAUUGCCAGUUACGAUUUUGUUUCAUCACUGCAACUCCCCAACGGUUUCGGGAGAGGCGACGGUCGAGACAAGCAAACAGUAGUAUCGGUGUUAAUCCUACAGAUAGCCAAUAGUAUCGGUGUUAAUCCUACAGAUAGCCAGCCAAUAGUAUCGGUGUUAAUCCUACAGAUAGCCAGCCAAUAGUAUCGGUGUUAAUCCUACAGAUAGCCAAUAGUAUCGGUGUUAAUCCUACAGAUAGCCAGCCAAUAGUAUCGGUGUUAAUCCUACAGAUAGCCAAUAGUGUCUGUUACUGUUGCAGAUCGCUAAGGGCGAGGGCUCUAAGAAGAAGGUUCCGGUGUUCUUCUUUGGAACCCACCAGACGUAAGUAGAAGAGGGUGAAUAUACUGAUACGGUUUACAGAACGGGAAGACGUUUUAUAGUUGCUACUUAGACGCUAGUAGUCUCCAAUUGGUAAGGCGUCAUUAGUCUUCACUGACUGUAAGUCACUCUAGAUGAGAGCGUCUGAUAAAUGACCAAAAUGUGAAUUUGAUGAUGCUUGGUUUUUUGUCAAUCUGUUCUUGUUUGUGGACUAAGUCUUCUGUCGUCCCCAGAGCGUUCAUACCCCCUGAAAAUAUAGUGCCCUACGUCGGGAACAAGGGCAGAUAUGGAAAAGGAGUGCGCAUCAGAGGCUUCACAGAGGGCAUGUGGGAGAUAGAGAACUCUCCCAGAGUAGGCAGCAAACCCAAGGUAAGGAGGACACACACACUCUCUCUCUCUCUCUCUCUUUCACACACUCUCUCUCACUCUCUCUUUCUCCCUCUUUCUCUUUCUCUCUUUCACACAGGCACAAACUCUCUCUCUCUCCCUCUCUCACAUACACUCUCACACUCUCUCCCUCACACAGACACACUCUCUGACAGACACACCUCCAUGUAGUGAGUUGUAAUCCCUCUUGUUCUCAGCUCAGUCCCUGUUUCUCUGUCUGAAACAGGUGGGUGCUACCCCAGUCAAAAAGGAGCAAGCAGAGAACAAGCCAGACCAGACCAAGACAUCUGCACCAGUCCGAGUCAGUCAACUGUCCAGCUCUGAUACAGACAGUAGCUAUAUAACAGUAGAAAAUAAUUUGUCUGUUUUUGACUUCAACUUACAGAUGGCCACCGCCCCGAAACAGGCCCCGAAAACACAAGCGAAGACUAACAAGACAGUGGCAGUGACGGCCCCGGGAAACAGGGCGGCCCCGGGAAACAAAAAACCAUCUGCCGACGGCCAACAGGAAGCUGACACACCGACCAACACAAGAGCUGAGAAAAGGAAAAAGGUGUGGAGGGAAAGUACAUUUAUGUCUGAAAUAUAGAAGUAUGAAGGAUUUUUAACUGCUGAUGUAUGAAGGGCUUUAUAAAUCAAUUUAAAGACCAAUAACCUCUGCUAUGCUAAUAAAUGUCAUUAGAUUGAGUCAUUGAUUGGAAUGCGCUCUCCCCAGUAUGAGCCUGUCCAGCGGCAGAAGACGGCCCCAGCCAGUCCAGCUGUAAGCCCACCCGGUAAAGAACAUCACCGCUAGCUCUCAGCCAUUUUGUAUCAAUCAUAUCAAUGUGGUGACAUGGGACAGUGAUUCUAAAAAUGUCCGCCCCCUGUUCUGGUCUCCACAGCCAGCAAGAAGACAAGAUCGGCUGAGGAGAAAAGCUCCUCCACUCCAAAGGGCGAGAGAGAGGAGCAGAGUAGAGGGAUGAAGAGGAGAAGGGAGGAUGAAGGAGAGAAAGAGGAGAGCAGGAAGACCAAGGAAGUUGGUGUUGAAGAAGGAAAGACCGAAGUCAGUAAGACGAGUGAGCUGGAAAGUUUAGAAAGAGACAAAGAAGUAAUCCACAAGGAAGAGGUUAAGAAAGAGGGGAACGAGGAGGAGGAGGAGGAGGUACCAGUGAAGGGAAGGAAAGAGGGGAACGAGGAGGAGGAGGAGGAGGGUACCAGUGAAGGGAAGGAAAGAGGGGAACGAGGAGGAGGAGGGGGUACCAGUGAAGGGAAGGAAAGAGGGGAACGAGGAGGAGGAGGAAGGGGAGGGGGUACCAGUGAAGGGAAGGAAAGAGGGGAACAAGGAGGAGGAGGGGGUACCAGUGAAGGGAAAGAAAGAGGGGAACGAGGAGGAGGAGGAGGGGGUACCAGUGAAGGGAAGGAAAGAGGGGAACAAGGAGGAGGAGGAGGGGUACCAGUGAAGGGAAGGAAAGAGGGGAACGAGGAGGAGGAGGAGGAGGGGGUACCAGUGAAGGGAAGGAAAGUAGAGAGCACCAAGAAAAAGGAGUGUCCACCUGAGCCGAUGAAGAGAGAAGAGGAUAAUGAUGUGAAGGUGACCAAUACUGUCACAGAGAGCAGUCCUGGUCCGGAUGAGGAGGUGACCAAUACUGUCACAGAGAACAGUCCUGGUCAGGAUGAGGAGGUGACCAAUACUGUCACAGAGAACAGUCCUGGUCAGGAUGAGGAGGUGACCAAUACUGUCACAGAGAACAGUCCU